CGGUCUUCUCAGCCACGAACUCACCGAACGCCUACAUUCAUCGCAUUGAGCUGAAAUCCCGAAAUCAUCCAUGGCAUACAGGAAUAAAUCAGUUUAUGCUGGAUGGGCAAUUCAGUAAUUUCAUAUUUCCUUUCCACGGCCUCAGAGAAGGCCGAGUCUUUGGAAGUGGAACCACUGAAAGUACAAGACGCAGCCUUUCUGCUUUUCUCCAUUUCUCACCGUUUCUUGUUAAGUUGCUAUCUUUCCUCGAAAGUUAGGGUUAAUGUCUUGUAAAUUUUCCUCUCUAUAGGGUUCUUUCUUCGUUGUUUGUCAUAUAUUUUCCAUCUCUGUUGAAAUUAUCAUGUAAAUAAAUACAUUUGUUCAUUUCCACUCCUUUAGAACACAUUUCAAUCAUAUUUUGGAUCUUUGAUUCCGUCAGUUUUCUUUCUGUACAGACAGUGAGACAGGCAAGUAAAUUCCUUUUUUCCUGGUCGUAUCACUUUUCUGAAACUCGGUGUUUCUGAACAGUGCUAGGUCGGUGUAAAGGGGGAAAGUAAUUUGGGAAUCUGAAAAUCAUCGGGCUUUGCGGAAAUUGCUCCCUGGUUUCUCAAAGAAUUUAGGUUAUUCUGCAAAAUUGGUCGGUUAUUCGGGUAUAUCUUAAAAAAAGUAUUUUUUUAUACCUCUUGAGUUUGGAAUCCCUAACCCAACUGUAGAAGAAGCAGAAGCAAGUUGUUCAACUCGACGGGGUUAUUGAGCAUGGCGGUUUCGACUAUAGCCUUAUACGGAAGCCCUCCAAGCAGUGUUUGUUCGACGCCGCACUCCUGCCAGAUCAAUGGGCAUGCGACCUACGACUUAGAAUUGGGGUCUCGAUCUUCUUCGACGUCUUCGAAUACGGCAUCCACGCCGCAGAAGUCAGUAAUGGGUGGCCUUUCGUGCAUGUUUUCUUCGCCGGCGGUGAAGCAUGCUCCGUUAUCGAGCUUAUCCGGGGCAGGGGAAGAACUGGGCACUUUGAGGCACGACAGAGUUGAAGAGUUAAAAGAAUUGAGCUGCUCCUUUUCAUAUUCUCCGAGUAAGUUUGCUGGGUCUUCUUGGAAAAGGGAUCCGAGUCCAGUUUCGGUUCUCCAAGGACCAAUUUCGUGCAGCAGUAGUGCUGUCAGUGGGAAUAUGAGUUAUCAGAGCUCAAUUCGAGGUGGGACAUGUAAAAUAUUCGAUGGAUUUGUGAGAAAUGCAUCACGGUCCUGCUUAGAUUAUGAUUCGCCUAGUCUCGAGGUUUCUCGUGGUGGCUUAGAUUUGGUUUCAUCUACGUUAGAGGAUGAACUGACCUUCAAUUUCGAAGAUGUAUUUGUUGGGGGUAGUUCUGAGCCAUACGCUAGAGAAUUGCUGCGAGGUGCGCAAUUGAGGCACAAAAUCUUUUGUGAAGACGUCGUUAUUAGGGCUUUUUACGAGGCCGAGCAAGCCCACAGAGGGCAGAUACGAGCUUCUGGUGAUCCAUAUUUGCAGCAUUGUGUGGAAACAGCAGUGCUUCUUGCUUUGAUUGGUGCUAAUUCCACAGUAGUUGCUGCAGGGCUUUUGCACGACACCAUUGAUGAUUCCUUUAUGACGUACGAUUAUUUAUUGAGGAUGUUUGGUUCUGGAGUUGCCGAUUUAGUUGAAGGGGUUUCUAAGCUGAGUCACUUAAGCAAGCUUGCAAGGGAUAAUAAUACUGCUAGUAAAUCAGCUGAGGCAGACCGCCUGCAUACUAUGUUCCUUGCCAUGGCAGAUGCAAGAGCUGUCCUUAUUAAAUUGGCAGAUCGGUUACAUAAUAUGAUGACACUAGACGCACUGCCUUUAACCAAGCAACAAAGGUUUGCAAAGGAGACCUUGGAGAUUUUUGCACCUCUGGCAAAUCGCUUGGGAAUAUCUACUUGGAAGGAACAAUUAGAGAAUUGGUGUUUUAAGCAUCUUAACCCAGACCAGUACAAGGAGCUAUCAUUGAAACUUGUGGAGCCAAUUGAUGAUGUCAUGAUUACUUCUGCCAUAGUGAAAUUAGAAGAAGCAUUGAAAGAUGAAGGCAUUUCUUAUCAUGUCCUAUCUGGGCGCCAUAAGAGCUUGUACAGCACUUAUUGCAAAAUGUUGAAGUACGUCAUCUCUCAUGUCCUCCAUCUGUCUAGCUGCAUGAGCUGUGCUUAUUAUCUUCCAUUUUGCAUGUUAGGAAAUUGUGCACAGAUAAUACUUGGGAUUUUGCUUUUUGGCAGAAAGAAGCUAACUAUGGAUAAAAUCCAUGAUAUUUAUGGGCUGCGCUUGAUUGUUGACAAGGAGGAAGACUGUUACAGAGCCUUAAGAGUUGUUCACCGUUUGUGGUCUGAGGUGCCUGGAAAGCUGAAAGAUUACAUAAGUCACCCCAAGUUCAAUGGGUAUCAAUCUCUGCAUACCGUAGUGAUGGGUGAUGUCAAAGUUCCGAUUGAAGUGCAAAUUAGGACGAGAGAGAUGCAUUUGCAAGCAGAAUUUGGAUUCGCUUCUCAUUGGAGAUACAAGGAAGGUGAACGGCAGCAUUCUUCAUUUGUACUUCAGAUGGUUGAGUGGGCUCGAUAUAUUGUAACUUGGCAUUGUGAGACAAUGAGUAAAGAUUCUUCAUCUGCUGGACAUGCUGAUUCAAUCAAGCCAGCGUGCAAAUUUCCUUUUCAUGCUGAUGAUUGUCCGUAUUGCUACAAACCUCAUUCUGGUCAGGAUGGUCCUGUUUUUGUAAUAAUGAUCGAGAAUGAUAAGAUGUCUGUCCAGGAGUUACCUGCGAACUCGACAGUAAUGGAUUUGCUGGAAAUAGCUGGGCGAGGAAGCUCUAGAUGGGCCCCACAAAGACUUUCACUGAAGGAUGAAUUGAGGCUGAGGCUGAACCAAGAGCCUGUAAAUGAUCCAACAUGCAAGCUGAAGAUGGGAGACGUGGUGGAGCUUUCUCCAGCCAUACCUGAUGAGUCGCUAACGGAGUAUCGGGAAGAAAUCCAGCGUAUGUAUGACAGAGGGUUAACUAUAUCAAGCUUAGUGCCUGCUGCUGCUAGUGGCAUGGUUGGCUCUAGAAGCUGACCUAGUGUUUGCAUGUAUGCCAGUUUAUCAUGUGAUGAUAAUUGUUGUAUUAUAUGAAUGUGGCUGUAAAUGUUUUUCACUAGGGACUUGCUAACUUGAUCCAAUUAUGUUCUGGAUGAUUGAUAGUGUAUCUGAAAUUUGUUACCCUCCAUUUAGCUUUAA